CGGCAGUGAAGAGCUUCGUCCGACAUGGCUAUGAAGGUGCUGUUUCUGCUGGGCGUCGUGGCCGUGGCGGCGGCGGACCAACUGCCGUCCUAUUCGUACAACGCGCCGGAUUCCAUGGAGUAUUCGGAGGAGUCCACGGAGGCCAAGUACGACUUCCAGUGGGCCGUGAAGGACGACUACUCCGGCAACGACUUCGGCCACCAGGAGUCCCGCGACGGCGACGACACCCAGGGGUCCUACUACGUGCAGCUCCCCGACGGCCGCCUGCAGAAGGUCACCUACUACGUGGACGGCGACAACGGAUACGUGGCCGACGUGACGUACGAGGGCGAGGCUCGCUAUGACUCCGUCGAGUCUCGGGAAACCCCCGUGUAUGCCCCCCCGAGGCCAGUCUACUCCGCCCCCGAGUCAGAGGAAUCCGAAGAGGAGCCUGUGUACGUUCCUCCCAGCCUACCUAUGCCCCUCCCAGGCCUACCUAUGCCCCUCCUAGGCCUACCUAUGCCCCACCUCCCAGGCCUACCUAUGCCCCACCUCCCAGGCCUACCUAUGCCCCUCCUAGGCCUACCUAUGCUCCUCCUCCAAGGCCCACUUAUGCCCCGCCCAGGCCCGUCUAUGGAACACCCCAGUAAACGAAGCAACUUUCAUUAUUGUACGAAAUAUUUAUUUUCGGUAAAUAAAUAUUAAAUUUAUACAUUCAA